GUUCUGUCACUUCCUCCACUCUAGGACUGAACGGCAGUAAUAGUUCACCUUCUGGACGCAGAUGGCACCCAGCGGCAACAACGCAGAUGGCGUCUGCACUCCAGAACACUGCUUCUACGCGUUCGAUACUCUGUACUGUGCUCUGACUUACGCCAAACCAGUGGCUGCACAGUUCAAGGAUGAUAAAUACCCUCUCUUCGUAACCUGGAACACGCGCUCGUCCCGGCCAGGACGCUCGCCACGGCUGCGCGGAUGCAUCGGGACAUUCGAGGCGCUGCCCCUGAGGGAAGGCAUUGCGGAGUACGCGCUGAUCAGCGCGUUCACAGACUCCCGCUUCCGCAAGAUCACCGAGAGCGAACUGGAGAGCCUUGAAUGCGGCCUGUCCUUCCUCACGGACUUUGAAGACGCGAAAUCUUACCUUGACUGGGAGGUGGGAACGCAUGGAAUUCGGAUCUCGUUCCCUCAUCCUUCUCUGAUCCCGAGCACUACCACAUCCGAGAGUCCAUCGCCCAUAGGGUCGCCUAGUCCAGUCGCGCUGCGGGAGAGGCAUCAAUUCUCUGCGACUUAUCUCCCCAAUGUUGCGCCCGAACAGGGAUGGGAUCGUGUCGAGACCAUAGACUCGGCCAUACGCAAGGCGGGGUGGAACGGGCAGAUCACCGACGACCUGCGACGCAACCUGAAGGUGAGACGGUACCAGAGCCGCAAGUGCACUGUUGGCUGGGAUGAAUACGUCGAAUGGCGCACAGCCCAUGGUGGUAAGAUGUGACCAACGAUCGACGAUCUAUCGGAUAGAGUAGACUCGAAGGCAAAGAACUGUAUGGACGCAUGUACAAUGUAGAAUACGACCUGGUACGGGACUUGAGCAAAUUAUGUUUUUU